AAGGCGUUUCUCGUUUCCAGGAAGUGAGUGUAGUGUGUGCGAGCCUUCACGUUGUUGCCAACCAACAUUUAGCUCGACAUUUCAAUAAUUCCCGUGUUAUUACAACGUUACCUUAUUUUUCACUAUGAACGAUGAGGACGAGCGGUUCGACGGGAUGCUACUCGCCAUGGCGCAGCAGCAUGAGGGAGGGGUUCAAGAGUUAGUCAACACAUUCUUCAGCUUCCUGCGAAGGAAAACGGAUUUCUUCACCGGUGGGGAAGCAGGUGCCCCAGAAAAGCUCGUAAAGGAGACUGUCGCCCGCCACAGCCAGCUUGCGCUGAGGGUCCACAGAGACCGCAAGAGCAGGCAGGAGAAGGAGAAGAAGGAUAAGGCAGACCGGGCCGCCAAGCUGGCCGAGGAGGCCAACAGCAAGAAGAAGAAGGACGACGAUAACAAGGCCGGCCCCCAGAUCAGGGAGCUGACAGAGGAGGAGGCGGCGAAGCUGCAGUCUGAGAUCGACCAGAAAAAGCAGGGAGACGAGAAGAAGGAGACUCCGGCGGUGGCCGCAGACCGCCCGUCAGACAAAGAGGAGAAGCAGGAGGAGGAGAAGGAGAAGGGGGCGGACUCAGAUGCCGAGGAUGACGAAAAGGAUAAGGACAAGCUGAAGCCCAACGCGGGGAACGGAGCCGACAUGCCCAACUACAAGUGGACCCAGAGCCUGUCGGAGGUGGACCUGCUGGUGCCGUUUGACGUGAAGUUCCGCAUGAAGGGCAAGGACGUGGUGGUGGACAUCCAGCGGCGCAGCAUCAAGGUGGGGCUGAAGGGCCAGCCGCCCGUCCUGGAGGGAGAGCUGUGCCACGAGGUCAAGGUGGAGGAGAGCUCCUGGCUCAUAGAGGACGGCAAGGUGGUCACCAUCCACCUGGAGAAGAUCAAUAAAAUGGAGUGGUGGAACAAAAUAGUCACCACAGAUCCCGAAAUCAACACCAAGAAAGUCUCCCCAGAGAACUCAAAGCUGUCAGACCUGGACGGAGAGACGCGCGGCAUGGUGGAGAAGAUGAUGUAUGACCAGCGGCAGAAGUCCAUGGGGCUGCCCACCUCUGAGGAGCAGAAGAAGCAGGACAUCCUCAAAAAGUUCAUGUCCCAGCACCCAGAGAUGGACUUCUCCAAGGCCAAGUUCAGUUGAGUCCAGUCUGUCCCCACAACGUCCACCAUGCCUGAGAUGUGUGUGACCCCAGAGCAGGAGCGGCUACAGGCCGUCCCCUCCAUCUGUUCCUUUGUGUCUUCACCAUGUUCACCGUGUUCUCAAUGCUCUCAAUGUAACCCCAAGCCAUGACCCCCAGCUUGACGACUGUAACGCCCCAAUACGUUUACUCUGAAUAUUUAAUGUUAUGUUUGGACUUUCUUUUUAAAAAAAUAAAUAAAAUAUACCAAAGCCAAUAUGAUGCAUUUAUUGGAGAAAGC